GCCUUUGGUACCCAGCCGUUCUGGCCCCACAGGCCGGCUAGUCCAGAGCGGGUACUCUACAUGUAGACAGGUUCCCGUGGACAUCCGCCCGCCUCACACAUAGAUUUGAGAACGUGAACCGCACCACCACCACCACCGCCGACCCGCCGCCACCACCACCACUACGGUUACAAAAGCACUGGGUAUGGAUGCUGAACCAAUGGGCUGCGUAGUGGCGGUCCACCCUUCUCGGAGACGAGAUCUACAACCUGUUUGUGGACGAGGCGCGUAUCAAUCUAUGUCUCACUCCACAGGAGGGAGUCCACAACGAGACAUGCAUAUCCCCACCAGCAAAUUACCGCUGGGUUCACCGGGCACUUCUCAAAACGUGCUGAGCUUCGCCCCCUCCGUAGUGUGGUGCGGGGCAUGGCGAGAAUCGGAUCCAUCACAAAUAGUUCGUUGGCGGGGGGAGGUGUGGUGGUGGGGGAGAGGGGGAGGGGGAAGGGACGAACGAGUCCCGCCCGAUCCGGGGAUGUGUCCAGCCGGAUACGACGGUUCCGCCGGACAUCGAUCGGCCAUCAAGCAGCAGUUGCUUCGACGAGGGAGGGAAUCCCACUGGUUCGUUCGCCCACGCGGAGCCUCCAGGUCGGUCGAGAACAUUUGCUCUGCGUCUCUACGUUUCUUGGGAGCUGGCUGCAGGCAGCUAAAAGCGUACAGCGGACAUGUGUGCGCCAGGCGGGGCCAGUUCGGAAUCCGCUCGAGCCUUUCCCCUCUGCACUGUAAAUCCCCUCCGUUCUCUGCAAAUCCCCUCCGUUCUCUGCAAAUCCCCCUCCGUACGGCAAAUCCCCUUCCCCUUUCCCCUCGCCAAACCUUCCCUGUCCGGCCUGCCAACGAAAAAAAGCGAGCUGAAUAGUCCCUAGGAGCAGUAAGGGCGUUUUCGGCAAUCUGGUGCACUCCUCCAUCUCAGCUCGAAAUUCCUCCGCUCCACCGCUCCACCGCCCCACCCCCCCACCCCCCAUCUUCUUUCGUCACUCACUCAGUCAGUCAGUCGAAAGCGUGGCA